AUUAAUUUAACUAAAAUGUUUACAGAUAUUAACGAAGUAGACCAAGUUUCUGUUGAUAAUUCAUUUGAAAAUGUUUUAUCUAGUUCAGUUUCCACUCAGGCUUCUACGCACGACAUUUCACCAGGUAUUAAUGAAGUAGAUCAAGUUUCUGUUGAUAAUUCAUUUGACAAUGUUUUAUCUAGUUCAGUUUCUGCAGAAACGUCACCAGGUAAUUUAUUUAAAAAUGAUCCAGUGCAUUUCAUUAAUAGCAAGUUAACUCCUGAAGAAAUUAAUUUGAUCAUUCAAUUAGGCCCUUGUCAACCAUGCUCAGAUGAUCUUCCUCAAAAACAUUUUCCAUUUGAUAAAACUUCCAGACAUGGCCAUUUUAAUGAACAGUGGUACUCUCGGUUACUUCCUGAUGGUUCUAGAGUUAUUAGGGAUUGGUUAUCAUACUCACCUACACUAGACACAGUUUUUUGUUUGCCGUGUAUGCUCUUUACUGGCCACAAUAAGCAUAAAGCUGUUACAACAUGGACAAAAGUUGGAUAUUCUACAUGGCAAAAUGGUCGUCAAAAUAUUAUGCUACAUGAAAUAAGUAAUAUACAUGUCAAUGCUUCAAUAACACUAAAAACUAAGAAAAAUUCUAUGCCAAUCAUUCCAGCACUAGAAAGUAGUCGAAAAACCAAUGUUGCAUUAAACAGACAAAUUGUUUUUGAGUUAAUAGACAUUACUUUGUAUUUAGCUCGACAUAAUUUAUCUUUUCGUGGGCACAGAGAAGGUUGGGAAGAAAAAAAUAAAGGAAAUUUUAAGGAUAUUUUAUUGUUGAUGGCUCCAAAUUCGUAUGCAUUAUCUUCCCAUAUAAAUUCUAUUAAAUCCCAGGGCAAACAUGUGUGCUCGUUUAUAAGUUGGGAAAGACAAAAUCAACUUAUCAGUUCUAUAUCAGAAUUUAUCGGGUCAACCAUAAGAUCAGAUAUAAAGAGAUCUCGAAUGUUCAGUAUUUCAAUAGAUUCGACCUUUGAUGCUGCUAGAAAAGAGCAGGUAUCAUUUAUAAUAAGAUAUGUUAGUCAUUCAUCUGGGAACAUUUUUGAACGUUUAUUGGCUCUUAAAGAAUCUCCUGUUACAACUGGAGAAUCGUUGUUUAAUCUUUUUGAAUUAGUCAUGGAUCGUGAAGGCCUUGAUUGGAAAAAUGAACUUGUUGGUCAGUCAUACGACGGUGCUAGCAAUAUGAGUGGGGAAUACAAGGGCCUACAAGCAAGAAUUAAUGUAGAAAAUAAUUCAGCUAUCUUUGUGUGGUGUCAUGCUCACCGAUUAAAUUUGGUAAUGGCCAAUGCAGUUUCAUCUAGUUUAGAUGCUGUUGAUUUAUUUGGAAAUCUAGAAUCCAUUUACUCUUUUAUUUGGUGUAGUAAGAAAAGAGCUGCUUUAUUCAGAGAAUUUCAAGACAAACAUUAUCCUAAUAUGCAAAAGAAAUCUAUGAAACGUGUUGCAACCACAAGAUGGGGAUCACAUGAUGCAGCACUUGAAACUGUUUUACAAAAAUUUGAUGCAAUAUUAGAGACUCUGGAAGAAACAAGAAAAAAUGAAGGAUCUGGUGAUGUAAAAGUGGGUUCUACUAUUGCAGGAUUUAUGAAAUACUUUUUAUCAUAUCGAUUUGUGUUAACCGCAUAUACUUUUAAAAAAAUAUUUACUGUUUUAAGUCCAUUGUCAAAGAUUAUGCAAUCGGUAGAUAUUGAUUUGUUGACUGUAACCAACAUAGUUGAAACUUCCAAACAUGACUUAAAUUUUCUUAGAGAUGAUGAUAAUACUUUUGAUAAUCUUUAUGAACAAGCACAAUCAUUUAUAGACAAAUCAGAUUAUGAGUUUGAAGUCUUAAAAACGACAAGAAUAAAGAAAGUACCUAGAAAACAUGACGAAAAAUGUACCGAUGAACGAAUUCAAGAUCCCAUUCAGUUGUUUAAAAUCAAUACAGUACUUCCAGCACUAGAUCAUGUGAACAAUGAAAUGAAUAAACGUUUUAAUCCAGAUCAUAUUGGUAUUUUAAAAGACAUUUCUCUGUUUUCAUUAAAAAGAAUAGAAGAAAUCAUGAAAAAGCCAAUUUUGUUGCCAAUUGAUUCAUUUGUAAAACUUUGUAAUACUUAUAAAAUAUUAGACAUAAAUUGUUUGCGUACUGAAUACUUGCAGUUUACUUCACGUUUUCCCGAGAUAAAAAAAACAUUAGUUCUGCCAGCAAAAUUACAUACAGAAACAGAAUUAAAUAAAUCAGAUGAUGAAGAAUUUUUGUUCAGUGAUGCAUCUUCAGGUAUGGACGAUAAUGACAACAAAACUUUAAAAGAAAAUAAAAAUUCAAAAAGUUUGAUUUAUAUAUUUAAUUUAUUACAUUCUACUGGUUUGGAUAGUGUAUUCCCACAUCUGUAUUCUGCUAUUAAAAUUGCCGUAACAUUGCCAGUUUCUAGUUGUAGCACUGAAAGAUCAUUUUCAAAAAUGAAACUAGUCAAAACAAGAUUAAGAUCAUCGACAUCUGAAGACCGCCUAGAAGGCCUAGUUAAAAUUUCUUGUGAGAAUGACAUUGUAAUUGAUAAAGAUUUAGUAGUAGAUAUUUUUGCACAAAAAAGUAGUGUAUUGAUUAAAUCAUUAAUUUUAUAAGAUUUUAACUUUUAAUUAAAUAAAAGCUUGAUUAUCUAUGUAGUA